AGGACGCCAUGGCCCUUAGUCUAGCGCUGUCACUCCUGUUCCUGUUGCUCCAGCGGACCCGGUGCCUGCGCGGCUCAGCGGCCUCGCAGGCGCCGUCGCUGACGCUGGUCGCCGAGAAUCCCGGCGCGGGUGACUGGUCGCUGGGAGACACGGUCCGCCUGUCGUACGUGCUCGAGACGCAGACCGACACGCAGGUCACCUGCUCCCGCGACAGCCGCUUGGUCAGCUCGUACCUGUUCACCGUGCCCACACGCUCCAUCACCGUCAGGGCGCGUCGCCUGCUGCUGGUGCGCAAUGCGUCGGUGGAGAACGCCGGCCGCUACCUGUGCCGUGCGCGCAGCGGCAACGCUUCGCGGGCCGUCGGCUGGCGGGUGCGAGUGCGGGCACGUGACCAAUGUCCCUCGGUGCUGCCCUGUAUGGAAUUGCAGGGACGACCGUGCACGCCUUGUUCGUGCCCGCAGGGUCGCGCCUUCUUCGGCAAGAGCCGCGCGUUCACCUGCUACGAGGCUCCACGCGGACCGUCGGGCAACGACCUCAAGAUAACGCUGAACGUGAGCCGACGUCCCUACUCUUUCGAGCAGUUCGAGCCGAUCGUCGUCGACUACGAGCUUCGAACCUACGGAGACACUCAGGUUACCUGGCUGGUCGACAACGUUCUGUACCACACACACACGGUCCUGGUGCCCCAGAAGUCGGAGGGCCUGGUUUCCUUCAACAAGAGGUUUGUCCUGGACCCGCCGCCUAAGGCUACCCGGCAUGUGGAGCUGUCUGUGGAGGCCCAGCUGCGACACACCGACUUGCGCGUCAGCGAGUCCCUGACAGCGGUGGUGUCUCGCAGCGUGCUUUGGUCUUCGUGCAUGGAGGAGAACUGCAGCGCCAUCAACGCUUACUGCGCCGCCUCCGGCCGAUGCGAAUGCGCCGAAGGGUGGGCCGAGAGCAGAGGCAUCUGCCGAUUGCACUGCCACUCGAAUUCCGACUGUCGAAAGCUGGGUGAGACGUCCGUGUGCAAGGAACACGAGUGCGAUUGUGGUCGGGGUCACGUGCUGCGGCAUAGUCGCUGCACGACCCUCGAGUGCUUCAACCACAAGAUGUGCACCGACAAGCACGGCGCCUUCUCGUCCUGCCACCAGGGUCGCUGCUGGUGCCUGGUCGGUCACGUGAUGACGAAUAGCACGUGCGACCCCGUGGACUGCCUGGACGACUCGGAAUGCACCGACGAGAGCACGCGCUGUGUCGGUCGUCACUGCCGCUGCGCCAGUGACUUUGACCUCGUCGAAAACAAGUGUCGUAAGAGCAAGGUCGGCGAGUGCAACCUGGACGUGCCCUGCCCGCGCAACCACUCGACCUGCCUGCACGAGGAAGGCGAGUGCGUGUGUUCGCCGGGCUACCGCGCCGUCUUCGCGCCCUCGUCGGCCGAACGGAGCUGCCUCAGGGUCUCGUGCGCGCGCGACGCCGACUGCAAGGCGGCGGGGGCCCGCUGCCAGCGGGGCCUCUGCGUGUGUCCCGACGACCGGCCUGCCGAGAGCGGGUUCUGCCUGCUGCAGCAGGACUCCGGAACCGUGGCGCAGGACCUGUGGGGCGUGACCAAAAUGAUCACCUACUGCGUCGGCCUGGUCAUCGGCGUCGUGGCGUUCGCCGCGGUGUCGGUGAUGCUGCUGCGGGCCAAGGCGUCGGCGGGCUACGCGGCCAGUCCCGGCGAUUACGACGACGAGGGCAAACAGCUGGGCGACGAAGGCGCCAUCAUGGCCGAGGCGGUGCUCAUGAGGAACCGGCGAGGACACAACGUCGAGGCGACUCGGGAGUUCGAGCUCGAAGAAUCGGACCUGGGCUGCGACCUUCCGGGGUACUCGGACGACGAAGAGCGGCGCAUGGACCGCAUGUUUGUGCGAUCCCUGUUUCCGAAGCUGUCCGACGGACUGUUCCUAGCCUCGCACGAAGGGAGCCGAACGUCGUUUUCGGGAACCGCUGGAGACGGGUCGCAGCGGACGACUGUUCAUACUUAGAUCUUUCGCGGUGUCCUUAUUUUAUUUUCCCCUUUAUAUUACGUUCAUCUUAAUAGGUAGCGCCUAGUAAUUAUUCUACAAGAAAUUUUAUGGUACGACUUC